GGCGGGCCUCGAAAUGAGAUAGCUUUUCGGACAGAUUCGUCGAAACUGGGGAGAUCUACACACAGACUUCGUCCACAACUUCUCAUACUGACUCACGAUUUACUCUGGGAAUUAUUGUGUGGAAAAUCAUACACGCGUUCUACAUUUAGUGGGAAUAACACUUGAGUCCCUCAGCCUAACGGCCAAAAUGGUCAACGGACUCGAGCGACUGGAGAAAUUCUUUAGCUCCAGGAGGAGAGAUAGGGAGAGGAGCAUAAGCCACAGAAACUUCUCUAUCAUAUCCUCCCCGUCGCAAGAUGAGAAUGGCCCGCAUUUUCCGUCGCCGUCUUUUAUUUCUCCCACCUCAAGGCCCAUGAAACCUCGAGAGGAAUCUAUUACAUAUUCCAGAGGGGUGAAAGAGCGCUCUCAGAGCCUGCCCGACCCACACGGCGAUCUGAUGAGGUCAUCUUCAGUUGACUCUAACAGCACGGUUACGAAUCAUAAGCAUCAUCCUAGUGACCCGAUAUGGCCAUUGUCUGCGUCUCUCAAGUACGCCGAGGACUCGCUUCAUAACCAGCAAUUAUCACAAUUUAGAUUCCCCGAGGACUCUCUCUUCAAAAACAAUAAAGAGAACAAGAGCGAGAAACUGGACGCUUCUCCUGGUAGUAGUGUCGCUAAAGACACGGCAUGCGAAAAUCCGUCAAAGGAGCCUCGAGUGGAGAAUAUAUUGGACUGGAACCUCCAGCGUACCUCCUCUCUGCUCAGUACCCUUGGCUUAGACACUCCUAUUGACACCUCUAUUGAUAACCGCUUGGCCAAGUUCGCAUUCGCGGAUGUAAAAGUAGAGUCUUCAACGUCGAGGCCUCUGUCAACUUCGUCUGACCCUCCUUCGCCCAAGACAAAAUCAAGUCCUAUUACCAUUACCAUACCACCGAGACGAUCGUCACGGAAAUCAAGCGAGACCCCAACUUAUGAGCUAACCCUUCCGCCAAGAAAACAGUCACUGUCCCUAUUCCCAAAAUGUCGGCCUGAUUCCCCACCCGAGUCAGAUGGCGAAGAAACCUCUCCUGUCAAGUUGAACCGAUCACCGCCGGUACCAGCAUUGGCUUCUCCAAUUCAAUUCACACCGCGCCCAUCCUUUGACUCUAACCCACCGAAUAAUAGGGAAUUUGUAAUACACAAACACCCUGAUCGUGAAUCAUGGGGCACCAAACCCAAAGAUCCUGUGGUGGCCCAUGCCACACUGGAGGACAGUCCGUGUGCUCCCCUAGCACAACCCUUACGAAAGCCAGGAUGCAUUAGUUCGAAAUCGACCAUUACUAGAUAUAGAAGGGCCAAACGCAACCUCAAAGAACCUUCCCUUGAUGAGUUCUAUGCGCUUAACGACGAAGAUGUUUCAGAGAGCUUGCUGACUGCACCUAACCUGGUGACGGAUAUACCCCCAACGCCGCCGCCGAAGGACUCGCCGAAGACACCUAUUGGUAGAAGUCGAUCUACUCGACAUGCGCCGAUUGCCCCCACGACUGCGAUCAACUUUUCUUCGGGUGAACUUACUCCGCCUUGUACACCGACUGAUUCCCAAUUUCUUUCCCUAGUUCAUUCACCUGCAAACGCAUCGGGAGUUUUGGGUGCAACGUGGACGGCCAACAUCGCCAAAGCGUACAAUUUCGACUUGGUCUAUGUUAUCAGUCUCUGGCCCAAAGGUGAAGGAAACGACUUGGACCCAUCGCUCGGAUCGAUCGCUCGAGUUGCGCAGAGCAAGGCGCAAGGGGGCCAUGCGGCUUCCCAGUGCGCUAUCGUGUCUAAUUCGAAAUCUGGAAUGACUGGUCAAUUGCUUGCUGGCUACGGACUGCACGAGUUCGGAUCCCCUUUUCGAAUUCACGCCCAGUUUCAUUCUAAGAUGCUUGGAUUUAAAGGCUGGAAGGAAUAUCGGGAUGAGCUUGCAUCGCCAGGGAUGAUAUCUAGGGGGUGGACCUGUUCCUUCAACAGCGAUCAUAUUCCGAUUACUCAAAACAGUCCGGGCGAACCUGAACCAGCACAAGGCUGUACCGCGAAUCGAGGGAUUGUUUUCGCCGCCUACACCAGAAAGACGACUACAUCGAAUAUUCCGGUCAACGCGUCGCCGAAACAGACGGCCGUUCUUGGAAAGCUAUAUCGCGAUGCGCAGACGCUCGUUGAUGGUCUAGUCCACGGUGUUUAGUACCGUGCUUGAGGGUUAUGCAUUAGCCAGAGUGGCAUGGUUGGAAGUUGACGCUGAUUUCUAUAUAAAGAACAACCAAUCG